AAAAAGUCCGGCCCGCAGAGGCCCGGCGUUCGCGUCUAUAAGAGUGGCUGCAACUGAACAUUUCAAGUUAAGAGUGUCGUGAUUUGUCUAAAAUGGCGAAAGAGAUUCGUUACUAUAAAUUGAACACUGGAGCUCAGAUCCCGUCGCUUGGGCUGGGCACAUACGCAGCUCAACGUGCUGUCGUCGACGACACCAUUUCUACUGCCGUUAAGAUUGGAUAUAGGCACUUUGAUUGUGCUGCAAUUUAUGGCAAUGAAAAGGAGAUUGGUUUUGCGCUGAAAAAGUUGCUUGAUGAUGAUGUAGUCAAACGGGAGGACUUAUGGAUCACCUCCAAAUUAUGGUGUACUGAUCAAUUGCCAGAAGAUGUACCAAAGGCAUUAGACAGAACUUUGCAGGACUUGCAACUUGAGUUUGUGGAUCUUUAUCUAAUCCACUGGCCAGUCAGCUUGAAAAAGGAGUCAAUUGGGAUUCCUGAAGGCCUUACCCAACCUGACAUACCUAGUACAUGGAAAGCAAUGGAGGCACUCUAUGAUUCUGGCAAGGCUCGAGCAAUUGGAGUGAGUAAUUUUUCUUCAAAGAAGCUUGGGGAUCUUCUGGAAAUUGCACGUGUGCCUCCUGCUGUUAAUCAAGUGGAAUGCCACUUAUCAUGGCAGCAGAUAAACCUACAUGCAUUCUGUAAAUCCAAGGGGAUUCACCUAUCAGGCUAUUCACCACUUGGUUCUGCUCGUAAAAAGCAUAUGCUUCUUGAAAAUCCAGUUGUCAAUAUGGUUGCACAGGAAUUGGGCAGGACUCCUGCUCAAGUGGCUCUUCGUUGGGGCCUGCAAAUGGGUCACAGCAUUCUGCCAAAGAGCACAAAUGAGGGAAGGUUGAAGGAAAAUUUUGAUAUUUUUGAAUGGUGUAUACCUGAAGUCUUAUUAGCCAAGCUUUCUGAAAUUAAGCAAGCAAGAACGGGUAGUUAAAGGUUCUGAAUUUGUGCACGAGACUUUUGGCGCAUACACAACUCUUGAAGAACUUUGGGAUGAAUGAUGAUGAUUACAAACAGAGAAGGGAUGUUUGAGACAUUCGAGUUAGAAAUUAAAUUUUCAUUGUUUCACAGCUGAGUUCGAAUUGAGCAGAUGCUCUUCCUCUGAAACUUUAGAGUAUAUAAUAAAUUGAGCUUUGUUCAACAUUUGAGGUAGAGAGUGUGAACUCUGAAAUGCUAUGUACUGUUAUUUGUACUUUCAAUUUCUUACUUAAGCUGCUAUAUUUUC